UUGCGUGUCGAGGACUGGAUCCCCGUCAAUCUAAACGCUUUGUUGUCUUGCACAGCCCAACGGACCAACAGUUCGCCAAUCCACCGCAGCACGAGGCUGAAUCGAAUUGACUCUGGUAGUCACUUCGCCCCAACAACAAGAGCACGUUCAUCGUCGACACGAUUAUUUAUACUCUUUUCCAUCAUAACCUAUCUAAUAUUCUAGUAUAUUUCUGGUCCAAGUCAACCGUUCAUCGUUGCCAAAAUGUCGUCCGUUCAGCUCAAGUUCUCUCUUCGGACCUCCUCCAAUGUCAAGACCGUCCACUUGGUCGGUUCCUGGGACAACUACUCCCGCCAGAUCCCUCUCUCUCGGGAUGAGAACAAGUCCGGCUCAUGGGUGGGCAAGUUCCGCUUCCAGACUUCCAUGCUCAAGCUCGGUGGCCGCUACUGGUACUACUAUAUCAUGGACGGCUACCACGUCUCCCACGAUCCUGCUGUGGAGUACACCGUGGAGCCCACCACUGGCCGCAAACUCAACAUCUUGGAUGUUCCCGGGGGCAAGUCUUCCAGCUCUUCCUCGGCCCCCAGCAAGAGCCACCGCCGCACCUCGGAUGUAGUCAAGGGGCGGGCCCUCUCCCCAUCCAAGAUCCAGCACCCCAAGCCUUCCAAGCCCUACGCUUCGCGCCAGAUCCGGGAAACCGACUUUGUCGGAGGUCCCCCAACCAUGGAUGACCUAACCCGGCGGUUUGCGGGGUCCCGACUGUCGGACGAGUACUCCCUCUCCAACAGCCCGCCCAGCUCUGUGGGCAGCUCGCUGUCGUCCCGUUCCUCGGGCAGUACCUCCCCCUCGUCGCUCAGCUCCAUGAGUGAUCCCCCUACCCCUAUCUGUCGGUGUGAGCGCUACGGGAUCACCCGCAAGGGGGACCGGGUCAAGCUGGAUUGUGGAGGCAGUCGCUGUGGGUAUGUCACCGAAUCCUCGGAGGCGAGUUGCUCCGAGUCGGAGGACAGUGAUGAGGAGUAUCGACGGGCACGGAGUGCCGUGCGAAGACAAGGAAUCGUUGUCCGGAGAUAGAUUCCAUUGUCUCUGGGGCGAUGUAAAAGGAAUUUUGGUCGUCAACAACAGCUCAGGCACACCAUCAGGGCUUGUUCCCAUUAUCC